AUGGCGGACGAACGUCUGGCUCGAGUCGCUGCGCGGCUGCAAAACUUGCCAUCCAUCUCUCUUCCAACCGACUACCCACGCUUGUCGGGCAACAGGCUAGUCGAAGCCGCGCACUCUGCUGACCUCUCGGAGCAGACAUGCCUGAGCCUGCUAAAGCUCGCCUUGCACAACGAAAACAGCGAGGAGGACGAAGGAACUGUCGAGAUCAAAGGUCCAUCUCCUUUCCACCUCCUCCUCGCCGCGUUCUCCGUCCUCCUCCACCGAUACACCGGCGACACAGAUCUCGUCAUCGGCUCUUCAUCUGCUUCUGCGCGCGACCCGCUCGUCCUCCGGAUAUCGGUGAACCCAGACGAUGCCUUCUGGACAGUGGUGCGCAAGGUGCAGCAGGCUGAGCGCGACGCCGAGGCCGAUGCGCUCCCGUUCGAGACCAUCGUGCGCGCCCUCGGAAAAGACAAAAUCGAGUCGGUCGAAGGCUCGCGUCCGCUAUUCCGUGUGCGAUUUUUCGACGAGACGGACAGUCCACAGGAGAACUUCCUGCGCUCGACCAGCCUGACGUCGGAUCUGACCGUGUUCGUGUCGAGGCAGCAUGAGAGUAGCCGCAGUUCCGUCGCGCCGCACAUCACACUCCGCCUGCUUUACAACUCGCUGCUCUUCACGCCGGCGCGUAUGACCUGCAUCGUGGACCAGCUAUCGAUCCUCCUGCGCAAGGCUGCCGCACACCCAGCAGCCCUGGUCGGGUCCGUGCCGCUGCUGACUCCCGCACAGCGCGAGAAGCUUCCAAAUCCUACGGCGGACCUCAACUGGUGUGACUGGAAGGGCGCGAUACCGGAUGUCUUCUCGAAGAAUGCUCGCCGUUGGCCGGACCGUCCCUGCGUCAUCCAGUGCCUUCCGCCUGCCAGUUUCGAUCAGCUCCAGGAGAAGCGGACUUUCAGCUAUCGCAUGAUCCUCCACGCGUCGAACAUCCUCGCUCACCACCUCAUCCAAGGAGGCUUGCAGCGCGAAGAGGUGGUCAUGGUGUAUGCAUAUAGGAGUGUCGAGCUCGUCGUCGCUGUAAUGGCAGUACUCAAAGCCGGUGCUACGUUCUCCGUCAUAGAUCCUGCGUAUCCUCCAUCGAGGCAGACGAUAUACCUCCAGGUAGCCCAGCCUCGGGCACUAGUCGUUUUGAAGGGCGCAGGUCGCAUUAGUCCGCCGGUUAGAGACUUCAUCUCAUCCGAACUGCAAAUCCGUGUCGAGGUGCCUGCGCUGGAGCUGUCCCCCUCUGGAGACGUCGUCGGUGGACCAGAGGCUGACGGCGAGGACGUGCUCAGAGCUCAUAUACAUUUGGGCGACACGGAUCCGGACGUCGUCCUCGGUCCUGACAGCGUUGGAACACUGUCCUUCACGAGCGGCAGCACUGGUAUUCCGAAAGGUGUACGGGGUAGGCACUUCAGUCUAACGCAUUUCUUUCCUUGGAUGGGAGAGCGCUUCGGGCUUGGAGAAAACUCCAAGUUUACGAUGCUGAGCGGAAUUGCCCAUGAUCCAAUUCAGCGCGACAUGUUCACGCCUUUAUUCUUCGGCGCCAAGCUGUAUGUGCCGACUGCCGAGGAUAUCGGCACUCCAGGGCGGCUCGCAGAAUGGAUGGCUGAGAACGAGGUUACUGUGACCCAUCUCACCCCCGCCAUGGGGCAGCUACUGUCCGCUCAAGCUACACAUCAAAUUCCAUCGCUGCGAAAUGCCUUCUUUGUUGGAGAUGUCCUAACCAAGCGCGACUGUUUGCGCCUCCAAUCGCUCGCUGCGAAUGUUAGGAUUAUCAACAUGUACGGCACGACUGAGACGCAGCGCGCCGUGUCGUACUUUCUCCUCCCCAGUGUCUCUGAAGAUGCAACAUUCCUUGCGACGCAGAAGGAGAUCAUGCCUGCAGGGGAGGGUAUGAUUGAUGUUCAGUUGCUUGUUGUGAACCGAAACGACAAGAAUAUUCCGUGUGCGGUCGGCGAGGUUGGCGAGAUCUACGUUCGCUCAGGCGGGCUGGCAGAGGGGUACUCAGAUCCAGCUGCCACUGGAGAGAAAUUUGUCGCCAAUUGGUUUGCCAUCGACUCACCGCCUAGGCCAGAUACCAUCCGAGAACCUUCAUCUGGUCAGCCUGGCCCAGAGGCACAGUUCUGGAAGGGCAUACGCGACAGGAUGUAUCGCUCUGGUGACCUUGGUCGUUACCUGCCGAACGGCAUUGUAGAGUGCACCGGCCGUGCGGAUGAUCAAGUGAAGAUUCGUGGCUUCCGCAUAGAGCUGGGCGAGAUCGAUUUAUACCUCAGCCAGCAUCCUCUUGUUAGAGAAAACGUGACUCUUGUCCGGCGAGAUAAGGACGAGGAGAAGGUCCUUGUCAGCUACUUUGUACCUGUCAACGGACCCACUUUGAACGAUUACGAGAGUGAUAUUCCGGAAAAUGAUGACGAAAAAGGUAUUGUCAGCGGUAUGAGAAGGUACAGAAGGUUGAUCAAGGAUAUCCGGGAGUAUCUCAAAAAGAAGCUCCCAAGCUAUAGCGUCCCUACCCUUUUUGUUCCUCUUCAACGCAUGCCACUCAAUCCGAAUGGUAAGAUAGACAAGCCAGCACUUCCGUUCCCAGAUACAGCCCAAGCCGCCCCCGCCGAACCGCAUCGUGGACCCGCUGCUACGUCCUCCGAAGAGGCCAUUCGCACCAUUUGGUCUCGUAUCCUCCCGAACCCCCCUUUCCCCCUCCCAUUAGACGAAAGUUUCUUCGAUCUCGGCGGCCACUCCAUCUUGGCUACUCGACUUAUUUUUGAGAUCCGCAAGGCGUUUCUGAUCGACGCCCCUCUUGGCCUUGUAUUCGAUAAGCCGACAAUCACCUUGCUCGCUGCCGCCGUCGACAGGCUGCGAAAUGCAGAUCUCGGCUUUUCUGGGAAAGACGGCGAUAAAUCGCCCGUAUCGUCGCCCGAGCCUACGUUGAAGGCGGUGGCUAAGAAGCUGACGUAUGGCGAGGAUUAUGAGACCCUGUUGGCGCGACUCCGUCCAUCAUACGAGAGUGUUAGUGCAGAUUACUCUAGUCGGCCGCUGACCGUCUUUUUGACUGGUGCGACCGGAUUCUUGGGCGCAUUUAUUCUACGCGACCUGCUCUCGCGUUCUGAUCGGGUCAAGAAAGCCAUAUGUCUCGUUAGGGCUCCCGAUUCGAGUAAGGCGCUGGAACGCUUGCGUGAAGCGGCUAGCGGGCGCGGUGUCUGGAAUGAGAGCUGGGUGGCGGAGUCAAGAUUGGAGGUCGUGAAGGGUGAUUUAGAUCAGGAACGAUUUGGAUUAGAGCAAGACACUUGGGAUCGCAUCGCGGCUGAAGCGGAUGCCGUUCUCCACAAUGGUGCAUUGGUUCACUGGGUAUAUCCAUAUGAAAAACUUCGGCCAGCGAACGUAAUUGCUACACUUACAGCGACAGAGCUUGCUGCAACCAGCAAGCCGAAGCUUUUUGUGUUUGUCUCGUCAACCUCGGCCAUCGAUACCGAGUACUACGUCCAGUUGUCUGAUUCAUUAGCUCGGGAUCAGAAUAGCCUUGGCGGUGUACCGGAAAGUGACGACCUCGAGGGCGCGAGGACGUCCUUGGCGACUGGAUAUGGACAAACGAAAUGGGUUUGUGAGAAAUUGCUGUUCGAGGCUGGACGUCGUGGAUUGAAAGGUCACAUUCUGCGUCCUGGGUACGUUGUCGGUGAUUCUCAGUCAGCUGUGACCAACACGGACGACUUCAUUUGGCGGAUGGUCAAGGGCUGUAUUCAGCUCGGCUUAGUUCCCGAUAUCAACAAUACAGUCAACAUGGUUCCAGUUGACCACGUCGCGCGUUGCACAGCGCUCGCGACCCUAGCGCCGUUGCCGUCACCACAGGAUGCACUGGCCGUGCUACACGUUGCAGCUCAUCCACGACCUACAUAUAAUGACGUGCUCUCGUCGCUCUCGCGAUACGGGUUUACGGUAAAGCGCUGCGAGUAUCUCGUUUGGCGAAGCCGGCUCGAGCGACAUGUUAUGGAGGUCCAGGACAACGCGCUAUUUCCGCUAUUGCACUUUGUUCUUGACGAUCUGCCUACGAGUACGAAGGCGCCAGAGUUGAGCGAUGUUAAUAUGCGGGCGCUAGUGGCGCCACAUAUGCAAGAGACGAACAGUACCGUGGACGACCAGCUCAUGGGUCGUUAUCUUGCCUGGCUCGUUCGUGCGGAAUUCUUGCCCUUCCCCACUGCACUGGAUUCCGAGAAAAAGCUACCGCAGCUGGUAGAUGGACCGGCGACGCGGGCGGUAGGACGCAGUGGCGUAUAG